AUGCCUCCUGUGAAUAAUGGUAGCAGCACCACCUGUCUGUAUGAAAUUUUGGGAAUAGAUCGUAGGGCAAGCGAGACUGACAUCAGGAAGGCUUAUCGUCGUCUUGCGCUCAAGUGGCAUCCCGACAAAAACUGCGAGACGAAUAAGGAAGAGGCAGAGAAGCGUUUCAAAGAGAUAAGCGCGGCCUACGAGAUACUCUCCGACGCAGAAAAGCGUCGUAUCUACGACAAGUAUGGACUGGCUGGUCUACGUGGCACUUCCUCUCGUCCUGAAACGAGACCUCGCUCUGCCACACGUUCUUCUGCGCGUCGCUCUGCCUUCUCCUUCUUCGACGGCGAUGACUUCUUUAACUUUGUUUUUCGGGACCCCGAGGAGAUAUUCCGCGAAUUUUUCUCUGAACACGUUAACAUGAUGAAUAGCUUCAUGGAGCCAUUUGCCACUAAUACGGCCAAUGUUCGUCGGACAGAGUCGGGUCGUAUGGGGGCAAACUCAACCACGCGUUACUCCCACCCCGUGCGCCGAUCGAAAACACAUCUGCCUGACCGGAAGGGGCCUCAUGUUUUCUUUAUGUCCACCUCUGGGAGCACGAUCUCGCCUAAAGAUGGCCUUUCUCAGAGCUUUACUUUCUUCUCCUCUUCCCCCAACGUCACCGCAACCGUUCACCAGGGUGGAUCGAAAUUGACUUUCGGUGGUGGCAGUAGUGCUGCACCCGUCAAGGGCACUUUUCGGUCGACCUCCACGAAAUUCCUUGAUGGAAAAUGCGUUACCACACGUCGUGUCAUUCAGGACGGUGUAGAGACGGUCACAGUGGAGGAGGACGGAGUUGUCAAAUCAAAGACAGUGAAUGGACAACGGGUGGCCAUAAUGAGCGCGUGA